GGUCCCGGCCCCGCCGCGCACCGCCAGGGCCACCCGGCCGCCAUGGCGCGGCUGGAGGUGGACCGGGCCUUCCUCCGCUCGCCGCGGGGCUCACUGAAGAUCUCCCGCACGCUAGUGACACUGGCCACCCUCUUCUGCUUCGUGGCCGUGGGGUCGUACGAGGCCUACGCGGCGCUGGCCCGCAUGGAGGCGGGGAUCACCGUCCUGUUCCUGCUGCUCUACCUGCUGAGGCUUGACGCAAGGAUUCGGGGCCUCUCCUGGCCGCUGGCUGAUGUUUUGAACUCGGUGAUUGCAGCGUUGUUCCUCCUCGCUGUGUCCUUGUCGUUCGCAAUAAUAAUCAGGAUCAACAAAGGGACAUUGGCUGGAGGAGUAAGCAGGAACACUGUUAAUGAAUUUCAGUUCUUACAGUGCAGUGAUUUGAACCUCUUGGUCCUGACAUUGUGGUAG